UUCAUCUGAGUCGUAGACAACUCCACCAUGCGUGUACUAUUGCUUGCCACCGUUUUCGGCUUCGUAUUGGCCGGUGCGUUUUCUGCAUUGGUGUCAAACGAAGAGCACACUUUGACCGUGGAAGAGGAGGAGAUGUUGGUGAACCUGUUGGAGGCGGAUCUCUCAACCAAGAGCACCAGGGAGGUGGCAACGAUGAUGCUUAGCAACCAGGGCCUAGGCAGUCGUCAGGCGUCUGGCGAUUGUACAACGGACUCGACGUCAGCCCGCUGUUGCGGUAGAGUGAAAUUUGCUGGCAAGCUUGACGUGGAUGCCUGUGUGCUUGUUGAGUUCAGUCUCGAAGACUUAAGCGUGCACUUGAAGCUGACCAUCCUCGGUCAUGACGUCAUCGACCAAACAGUCUCAGUCCACGACCCACCGGCUAUUUGUGCAAGUAUCCCUGAUGUUCCGUUCAUGAAGAUCUGCGUCAAGCUCUCGGACCUCGAGGUGAAUGGCGACCAGUUCCACGGCUGCAUCGCGCUGUCGGCCAAGUUCUUUGGCAAAACCGUGGUCACCGUUCCCCUGGGCUGCGUCAAUAUUGGAUAGAGAGCUGUAUGUUAUGUACCUUACGACGGAGUGCACGGACAUUCAGCGUUGAUCCAUCUAGGUAGACUUACUGAGCUAUAGGCCUAACCAGUAACACAUGGUAAGCCUAAACAGUAACCGUGAAGUUU